UUAACUCUGCUUCCAGAAAUGGAAUAUUUGGAGACCAAGGGUUAGAUGGGUUGGAGGGGUUAACUUCUCUACGCAGAUCGACCGAAAAUGGGAGCAAAGCGAUGGACGGGUUUAACUCUGCUUCUGGAAUUGUAACAUUUGGAGACCAAGGGUUAGAAAGGUUGGACGGGUUAACGUCUGUAUGCAGAUCGACCGAAGUUGGGAGCAAAGCGAUGGACGGGUUUAACUCUGCUUCCAGAAAUGGAAUAUUUGGAGACCAAGGGUUAGAGGGGUUAAAGGGAUCAACUCCUCUAAGCAGAUCGACCGGAGUUGGGAGCAAAGCGAUGGACGGGUUUAACUCUGCUUCCAGAAAUGGAAUAUUCGGAGAACAAGGGUUAGAGGGGUUAAAGGGAUCAACUCCUCUAAGCAGAUCGACCGAAAAUGGGAGCAAAGCGAUGGACGGGUUUAACUCUGCUUCUGGAAUUGCAACAUUUGGAGACCAAGGGUUAGAAAGGUUGGACGGGUUAACGUCUGUAUGCAGAUCGACCGAAGUUGGGAGCAAAGCGAUGGACGGGUUUAAUUCUGCUUCCAGAAAUGGAAUAUUUGGAGACCAAGGGUUAGAAAGGUUGGACGGGUUAACGUCUGUAUGCAGAUCGACCGAAGUUGGGAGCAAAGCGAUGGACGGGUUUAACUCUGCUUCCAGAAAUGGAAUAUUUGGAGACCAAGGGUUAGAAAGGUUGGACGGGUUAACGUCUGUAUCCAGAUCGACCGAAGUUGGGAGCAAAGCGAUGGACGGGUUUAACUCUGCUUCCAGAAAUGGAAUAUUUGGAGACCAAGGGUUAGAAAGGUUGGACGGGUUAACGUCUGUAUGCGGAUCGACCGAAGUUGGGAGCAAAGCGAUGGACGGAUUUAACUCUGCUUCAAGAAAUGGAAUAUUUGGAGACCAAGGGUUAGAGGGGUUUAAGGGGUUAACAUCUGUAUGCAGAUCGACCGAAGUUGGGAGCAAAGCGAUGGACGGGUUUAACUCUGCUUCCAGAAAUGGAAUAUUUGGAGACCAAGGGUUAGAAAGGUUGGACGGGUUAACGUCUGUAUGCAGAUCGACCGAAGUUGGGAGCAAAGCGAUGGACGGGUUUAACUCUGCUUCCAGAAAUGGAAUAUUUGGAGACCAAGGGUUAGAAAGGUUGGACGGGUUAACGUCUGUAUGCAGAUCGACCGAAGUUGGGAGCAAAGCGAUGGGCGGAUUUAACUCUGCUUCAAGAAAUGGAAUAUUUGGAGACCAAGGGUUAGAGGGGUUUAAGGGGUUAACGUCUGUAUGCAGAUCGACCGAAGUUGGGAGCAAAGCGAUGGACGGGUUUAACUCUGCUUCCAGAAAUGGAAUAUUUGGAGACCAAGGGUUUGAAAGGUUGGACGGGUUAACGUCUGUAUGCAGAUCGACCGAAGUUGGGAGCAAAGCGAUGGACGGGUUUAACUCUGCUUCCAGAAAUGGAAUAUUUGGAGACCAAGGGUUAGAGGGGUUUAAGGGGUUAACAUCUGUAUGCAGAUCGACCGAAGUUGGGAGCAAAGCGAUGGACGGGUUUAACUCUGCUUCCAGAAAUGGAAUAUUCGGAGACCAAGGAUUAGAGGGGUCUAAGGGGUUUCCAUCUGUAUGCAGAUCGACCGAAGUUGGGAGUAAAGCGAUGGACGGGUUUAACUCUGCUUCCAGAAAUGGAAUAUUUGGAGACCAAGGGUUAGAGGGGUUUCAGGGGUUUACAUCUGUAUGCAGAUCGACCGAAGUUGGGAGCAAAGCGAUGGACGAGUUUAACUCUGCUUCCAGAAAUGGAAUAUUUGGAGACCAAGGGUUAGAGGGGUUUAAGGGGUUAACGUCUGUAUGCAGAUCGACCGAAGUUGGGAGCAAAGCGAUGGACGGGUUUAACUCUGCUUCCAGAAAUGGAAUAUCUGGAGACCAAGGGUUAGAGGGGUUUAACGGAUUAAAAUCUGUAUGCAGAUCGACCGAAGAUGGGAGUAAAGCAAUAAGGGUGUCUGCUUCAAAAUGCGAUUCUACAAAAAAUUUAGGCGGAAGUAAUAGGUUUGCUAAAUGUAUGAAUCGCCUUACUGCCGGAAUUGCUGUGGGUAUGACUGCUAUUCGUGAAGUUCAAGCAGCGAGAAAAGAUUUUGAAAAGUACAAGGAAUUAUUGAAAGACAAAGAAAAUUCAGAGGAAGAAUAUAACCGCCUGUGGUACAGCCGUGUCACUGCAAGCCUCGUUGGGGGAACAGCAACAUAUCUUGGAGAUGUUUACGGAUUGAAAAUAGGUGGCAAAAUAGGGGAAAACAUUGGCUGGGUUGGUGGUCCUCGCGGAGCGGUCAUUGGGGCUGCGAUUGGUGGUGUUGUAGGAGCAAUUGUCGGUUCAAACACUGGCAAGGUACUCGGAGAGAAACUAAUACCAGACAUUCCGCAAACAGAAAGCAGUCGUGAAACAAGAAGGGCUCAUGAAGUAGAUGCGGAAACCGAGAUAUUUGGAGUGUUUAAACCAGUGACGGUGCCGCUAGAGACUUCCUCCGUUAUAGUCUUCGACAUACAGAAAACAGAUCUAAGUGGUGGGGAGCAAAUGCCCCGAAUAACUCAACUUGAUGCGCGUGAACUGGCUUCCGGGCAUACAUUCAUCUGCAUCAUCCCGGAGAAUCCUUGCUCAUGGAUGUCAGCCUCCAUAAAUUUCAUGAACUGGCUAAAACAGCACGAAAAUGCCGUGCUUGUCGCAAUCAACGGGGGACGAGAUCACUUUGAAAUUCUAAUAUCAGCAUACGCAAGUGUUGAUCAGUAUGAUUCCUUGAUGGAAAAUACACAUGGAAUGCUAUAUUAUACAAUGGAUAAUUGAUUUGUAAGCGUCCUUUAUCUUUUGUGCCCAAAAUACUAACGAUGAUGAAGAAAGGCUAGCUAACUGUGUUUUAACAGUUGUUAUCCUGGUUAUGAAACAUGCUUUUACUACAUACAUUUUCCUUGCUAGUAACAAAAGAACAAAGAAAACACAGUUUCAUUGAGCUUGAUUUUUUUAAAUUAAAAUGCCAUCUGCGGAAAAUACAGCUGUGUCGACACUUACAAUACAACGUUUAAUUGAACUAUUUGACCGCUCCAGUUUAGUUAAUUCACAAUGAUAAAUGCGUGUAAUAGAUACAAUUCACUUCUGGUCGUGAUUAAUAAUUUAAAUUUAUGUACUUAAGUUAUAUGUGUGAAACAUACGUUCCAAUAUGCGCUUUGUAUAAUACUGUAAAUCAUUAACCUAAUAUUGAUUUAUUUUAAUUCAACUGUGUUAAAGAGCUUUAUCCAUAGAAGCAUAUUCAGGGAAGUAGCUUGUGCUGAAGCUAGUGCUCAUAUUGGUCUUUAAAAUUCAUAAAAAAACUAUAAAGAAUAAAUUCUCUACGUUCAAAAGGCCAUGUGAUAUUGAAUUAUCAAUAUUUGCGUGCAUGGUAGGAAACCAUGAUUGUCUAUAAACUCAUUAAUAGGUGUGCCUCAUGUCAAUGCUGUAGCAAAAUCAUAACUUUCGUAUCUACAGAAUAUCGAAUUGGGUUCUGAACUUUUCCCAACGAUCAUUGGUUAAUCUACAGAAAUAGUUGUGAGUUUUUUUAUGUCCAGACAUAAAUAUCAAUGAUAAAGCAGUAUAAUAAUUAUUUUAUUUGAUGCAUAUCACUUACAGAGUUAACAAUAUUGGUGAAAACUUGAUCAUUGCACUCUGGCUCGAGUGAAAUGAUUACAUUUCAUCAUUUCACUGCUGGCAACUCGGGACUACUUUUUCAUCUUUUGUAAGAUUUGAUUCCGUUGAAUUAAUAAAAAAACUAUUUCCAUUGAAUUAAUAAAAAAACAAGUAUUCAACAUUAGAAAUAGAGCCAUGUUACAUGACACAUGUGUAGUACAGAAAAAUACGUGAUGACGUUAGUUAACCGGAAGCAAUUUAUUGCAUGUGAUCAGAUGUAAUAGUUCAGUGCUGUGACAUUAAUGUCUAAGCACGUGUUAAUAUGAUAAGAUUAACUCUUCGGGGAAAAUGUGCCCCUGUCGACAAUUCUACUCUUAUAGUGGCCCAUUGAUACGUUGUUAUGCCUCAUCAUUGUAAACCUAUUUAUGUGUUGUUGUUUUUAAAGCUGUCAAAAACGUUGUUAAAUGUAUCAUUUUAUUGUUUUAAUUAAUCAAUGUUGCAAUAUAUUAACUGAAACACAACAAUAAACCUUAUGUAUCAUACAGAAAAUGUAUUGUUGACCAGUGUUUCAGUUGAUAAAUGCCCAAGUGAAAAUAAUAAUCGAUAUUUGUUUCUCAUUGUCGCAAUUAUGUACACAAACAAUGGCCAGCAAAAUCUAAUUCUAUAUAUAAACUUAAAAAUUACUGUUUUUUUCUACCUUUGAACGGCAAAUAUGCUGACAUGUCCACCCCGGUACGUAUUUCAUGUCAUAUAAACAACUUAUUUGCCAUCGGUGAUAUUCAGUAAAUGUUUCACAAGUGAAAUACAACUAUUCGAAAGAAAUUGCUAUCGCCAUACAUUUUUUUAUUCUUUCAUUUUAUUUGCGAAUCACGGUAAAAAGGUAUUGAACUAUUGUAAGUUUAGCAUAUUUAUGAUACGUAUUAACAACUGUUUUAGAUUAAGAUCGAUUCAUUUGAUAAUUCUAUUUACGGUUUUCUCGAUGCUUUACAUUGGUUUGGGUAUGAGUGUGUAAUCCAUAAACAAUGGUUUGUAAAUAGGAAAUUAUAAUAUUGCUUUCUUAAUUAAAUUUUAAAUUCUGUAUUUGCACGUUAACGUUGUAAUUGCUAUAUCACGUUUUUAUGUAUGCUUGGUGAAAUACACGGAUUUCAGUGAA